GCACUCAGCAUGGUUAUCGUGACCUGAUUUUAAAACGGCAUGCUACAUCACUACAUCUGAAAUUUUGCAACAAUUUGUGAAAAACUAUAAUCUACAGAGGUACUCUGACUAAAAUUCACUCAUGGAUCCCGAGCAUUUAAACAGUAAAAAUCAACAACACGACAAAGAACAUCCCAGAAACCUGAUUCCAGAACUUUGUCGACUAUUUUAUGAUUUGGGUUGGGUUACAGGCACGGGUGGUGGUAUAAGUAUAAAAUUGGGAGAAAAGAUUUACAUUGCCCCGUCUGGUGUCCAGAAGGAAAGAAUUCAACCCGAUGAGCUUUUUGUGCAGAAUAUUAAAGGCGUCGACAUCGAAACGCCUCCUCCUGCCAAGAAAUUGAAAAAGAGUCAAUGCACGCCCCUCUUUAUGUGUGCCUACACAGUGAGAAAUGCUGGUGCAGUCAUUCAUUCUCAUUCCAAAUCGGCUGUAAUGGCAACUCUACUGUAUCCAGGUAAAGAAUUCCGGAUCACCCACAUGGAGAUGAUUAAGGGGAUUAGAAAGGACACCAAUGGAGGGUAUCUCCGGUUUGAUGAUAUGUUGGUGGUUCCCAUAAUCGAAAAUACAGCCGAGGAACGUGAUUUGGAAACAUCCUUAGCAAAAGCAAUUGCCGAAUACCCGGAUACCUGCGCAGUAUUGGUCAGACGGCACGGGUUCUAUGUUUGGGGUCCGACAUGGCAGAAAGCUAAAUGUAUGUGUGAAUGUUAUGAUUAUUUGUUUGAUAUUGCUGUUCAGAUGAAAACUAUCAAUUUGAAUCCCGAGAAAAUUCCUGAAUAAAGUUGAUAGCAUUGUUUCAA